AGAGCCGCCGCAAACUAGGGCUUUGCGAGAGCAAACACGCUAGCAAACGUGCGCUAGACAACCGAUGACGUCGAAGGCUCCGCCCAUGUCUUCUUGCCCACGCUGUUUUUCCUUCGCUAGCGCAGCGAUACGAGAGUACGCUCGCUGUUCAGAUAUUUCAACAACUAGAGUAUUUACGCUAGCAAGAGAGGACAGGAAAAAUGGAUGACAACAUAAACAUGUCGCAUAUCGAAAAAGAAAUUAUAGAAUUUUAUCGAUCCAAUCCACAUCUGUGGAAUCCACGUCAUGAGGAUUAUUACAAAAAAAACAAGAGGGAUUCCACACUGACACAAUUAAGAGAGCUUUUAGCUUCUGAACAUGGAAUCAACAUCACUUCCAACAAGAUCCUUAGCCAAAAAUUUAAGCUUAUGAAAGAUGCAUAUAAGAGGGAACUAUUAAAGCUGCAGAAAUCAAAGUCAUCUGGAGUGGGCAUUAAUAAUAUGCACAAAAUCAGAUUUCUGCAUUUCGACCAGAUGGGUUACCUGAGGGACUCCAUGCAGGCAGAUAAAAGUGAGGAUACCAUCAGCCUCAGCACCUCACUUGAAAAUGUAAGUGCAAACAUAAUGUUGGCCACAUAAAUGUGGUAUGAUGGUGGCAACAGUAUAGUUGCUUACCUAGAACAUUGAUUGUUGCCUUGUACCAGUUAUGGAUGAUUUGAUAUAUGAAUGUCACAUUCUAACAUGGUCAUUAGACAUGUACACUACAACAUGUUGUGCACAUGCCUUAAUUAAUUAAUAAUGCAAUGCUGGUUUUGAUUUCAGGACAAGUGUAGUCAACCCAUAGAUACAGAAAGAGAAGACUCGAUGUGUAUUGAAGGAAGUGAGUUCCAAGAGCUAUCUUUCGCAAUUAAUAAAACCAUGGAACCAAAUACUCCAGCAAGUAGCUCUAUCUCA